CUCGCCCUUAAGGCGCACCUUUGGUCACUUUUACGCACGGAGGGGAAUGGCGGCUCCGGGCGUGAGUCCUGCACUUUCGCCCCCGUUGUGAAGUGGGGACAGAGUCGGAAUGUUGCUCCCGACGCUGCUGACGUGCCUCGCCGGCUGCGCCUUGGUCCUGACGCCGGGCUGCGGGGGCUGCGGGCCCGGGCGAGGUUACGGGAAAAGGCGCUCGCCCCGGAAGUUGGCGCCGCUCGCCUACAAGCAGUUCAGCCCCAACGUGGCCGAGAAGACGCUGGGGGCCAGCGGGAGGUACGAGGGCAAAAUAAGCCGCAACUCGGAGCGCUUCAAGGAGCUCACCCCCAACUACAACCCGGACAUCAUCUUCAAGGAUGAGGAGAACACAGGUGCGGACCGCAUGAUGACGCAGCGCUGCAAGGACAAGCUGAACUCUCUGGCCAUCUCUGUGAUGAACCUUUGGCCCGGGGUCCGUCUGCGGGUCACCGAGGGCUGGGACGAGGACGGCCACCACUCCGAGGAGUCGCUUCACUACGAGGGUCGAUCGGUGGACAUCACCACCUCGGAUCGGGACAGGAACAAGUACGCCAUGCUGGCUCGACUGGCCGUGGAAGCGGGCUUCGACUGGGUCUACUACGAGUCCAAGGCUCACAUUCACUGCAGCGUCAAGUCAGACCACUCUGUGGCGGCCAAGUCUGGAGGUUGUUUCCCCGGCGACGCCUUGGUCACCGUGGAAAACGGCUCGCAAAAGUUGAUGCGCGACCUGCGAGCUGGCGAGCGAGUCCUGGCCUUAUUUGCCAGCGCCACUGAUGCUGAACUGGUGUACAGCCAGGUCCUGACCUUCCUGGACCGGGACCCGACCGCCCGCAAGCUUUUCUACACGGUCCAGACGGAGGACGGGGCCCGCCUCUCGCUCACGGCCGCCCACUUGCUGUUUGUGACACAGACUAACUGCUCGGAGGGGGCGUCGCCCGCCCACGCCGCCCUGAGAGCGGUGUACGCUCGCGACGCCCGGCCAGGCCGCUGCGUGCUGGUGACUGGCGGUAGAUCGGGGAGGAGGCGUCUUUCUCGCAUCACUCGGGUCACCGUGACGACGAGGCGGGGUGCGUUCGCCCCCCUGACCGCGCAGGGAACAGUGGUGGUGGGCGGGGUGGCGGCGUCCUGUUACGCGGUGGUGGACCAGCAUUCCUUGGCUCACCGGGCCUUCUCGCCGCUCAGGCUGAUGCACGGCUGGACUGGCACCAGCGGUUACCGCGGCGAUGGGGUCCACUGGUAUGCUGCACUUUUACACUGGCUGGGGGGGAUUUUGCUGGACUCGGGACAGCUCCACCCACUUGGUGUGACUCCAGCCCGCAGGUGA